AUCACAACAGUAGCCACAAACCCUGACAGUACCAAGAGGAGCUCAAAUACAACACACCCACGGCUUGUGUGCACACAUGCACUCCCGUCCUCUCUCUUUCUCUCCAGUGCACACACUUCGUGCUAGCUACAAAGCAGCUGACCUUACAACAAAGCAGCACACUGCACAGAGGAGAGUGGGGUGAAAGGAGAGGAGAGGUGACGGCUCUUAGUCAGAAAGCAGUGUGUGACUAACUCUCCUGGAAAAAGUCUGCAUGACAAGAGCAGUGGGAGGAAGAGACAAUACAAGACAAAAAGGAAAACAAUUCCAACAACCGAGACAGGAAAGGAUUGCUGCCAACAUCUGACAUCAAGGGACAUUGUCAACAGCUCGUGAAGGAGUUAAAUUUGCAUAGACUGAUUCAUGGAGACAAGAAGCUGGAGUCUGUACGCAGAGAAAAGCUCAUCUUCACCUAAUUUCUAAGUCCGAAAGUGUCAGUGGUGCAGAUUUCAACUGGAUUAAGGGCUGUGUGCUGUCUGUGACAUGCCUCUGUUCAGCUGGAUGAAAUGGCCGCAUGAGACGAGAGCGCAGGCUAAAGAUGAAACGCCGUGUCUGAAAAGCUCUGGGCUUGUACCCAGCCGCAUGUUGAUCACAGAGCUCUUGUGGCAUGUGGAGGAACGUGAGCGGCUGGCAAGGGAACUGGAGCGGGAGCAUCAACUAGCCCACAGCGCGCUGGGUCUCCACUGGUUUCAGAAAUACCCGAGGUUACGGACCCUCAUCCCCUCAUCGGAGCUACGCCAGCUGGAGUUUCUGUGCGCCCAGAUCCCACCUAUUCACGCAGCCGCUGUCCUCUCCAGGUUUCGUGAGGUGCUCGCCACUAACAACAUCAGGCCCUGGGAGCUGGCAUCUGUCUUCAAGCAGGUACUGAGAGACUUCCUGAAUCAAAGGGAAUAUGACGAGGAGAACGGCCUCCCGGUGCAGACAACGCGGUUUCAACCGAUGGAGACUUGGACAAGUCGUUACAAAAUGAAGCAGGGCUUCGUGACACCCACAGUCCCCAGCUGUGGAGACAGUCAAAGGGAAGAGAUCCCAACAGUGUCUGGAUACGUGGAUCGACUCAUGCGGUACUCUAGUUCAUUCACAGCCAACAGGGACUGGGACCUUCCAUAUUACUAUCCGGUACCUCUUAGACCCAAAGGGGCGUACAGCACUACACUGUGAGAGGACACGCUCCCACCACAUCUGUGACGCUGUUUCACACAAGGAAAAGCAGUGAUUACAUCCUAUGCAUGGAGACCAAACGGUGUUAUUUGUAUUAGUUUGUAUUAACAAUUUCAUAGUUUGUGACCAAACGUGAAAACGACAUUAGGUUAGGAGGUAAAUAUACUCAAAUAUUAUAUUGCAAUAACUAUUUUGUGCCUGCCCUUUAUAAUCUUUACUUCAUUGACUGAGUGCUUUAUGCAGUUCCCGAUUACAAACCUCAGUUAAGAUUUUGUACAGUGCCAAGUGGCUUGAGAGAUUUGAUACUAAGAGCACAAGAUGGAUUUUUAAGGGUUUCGGUCUUUAAAGCGAAGCAAUGUUUACUUGUGACACAGAAUAUAUGAGAAAAUCUUUCAUGUGAGUGGUUUUUAGAGGCCUAUAGUAAUAAAAUAAAAAUAAAAACAGAG